UUGGCGUCGAGAGAUGCUCAGACCCAGAGGCAGUGGGCUCUCUCCAACCCCAAACUCAGCAGUCCUCCAAGACCAUAGAGAGCUGCGCGGGGAACGCCCCUCUCGAUGCUCUCACCCUUUGGGGAACGUUGGGAGCUGGCUGGAGGGCUAGAGAGGCCGGAAGUGCAGCGAGCCCGGGGCCGCGCUGGCCGCGCCGGCGGUGGGACGCCUCGAUCUCCCUCCAGUCUUCCCACCGCUCAGGGCCUAGGAGAAGGACCUUGCGAUGGACGAAGAGGGAGGCCAGAAGCCGGCUGCCCCACCCACAAGGAAGAAAUUCGUCAUACCACUGGACGAGGAUGAAGUCCCUCCUCCUGGGGCCAAGCCCUUAUUCAAAUGCACACGGAGCCUGCCCACCAUGGAGACCCCACCCCAGCCGGCCCCGCAGACCUAUGCUGAGUACGCCAUCUCAGGACCUCCAGGAGGGGCUGGAGCCACACACCCCACGGGGCCAGAACCCCUGGCAGGAGAGACCCCCAACCAGGCUCCCAAACCAGGAGCAAAAUCCAACAGCAUCAUUGUGAGCCCCCGGCAGAGGGGCAACCCCGUGCUGAGGUUUGUGCGCAACGUGCCCUGGCAGUUUGGCGAUGUGCUUCCCGACUACGUGCUGGGCCAGAGCACCUGUGCCCUCUUCCUCAGCCUCCGCUACCACAACCUCCACCCAGACUACAUCCACCAGCGGCUGCAGAGCCUGGGGAAGAGCUUCGCCCUGCGGGUCCUGCUCGUCCAGGUAGACGUGAAAGAUCCGCAGCAGGCCCUCAGGGACCUGGCUAAGAUGUGCAUCCUGGCCGACUGCACCCUGAUCCUCGCCUGGAGCCCCGAGGAGGCCGGGCGGUACCUGGAGACGUACAAGGCCUAUGAGCAGAAGCCAGCAGAUCUCCUGAUGGAGAAGCUGGAGCAAGACUUCGUGUCCAGGGUAACUGAAUGUCUGACCACUGUGAAGUCAGUCAACAAAACCGACAGUCAGACCCUCCUGACUACUUUUGGGUCCUUGGAACAGCUCACAGCUGCAUCGCGGGAAGAUCUGGCCUUGUGCCCCGGCCUGGGGCCUCAGAAGGCCCGGAGACUCUUUGACGUCUUACAUGAGCCCUUCUUGAAAGCGCCCCGAUGAGCUUAGCUGCCCUCAGUGUGACAAUAAAGCAUUUUCCUGGUCCAGGC